AAACGUAGGGCACAUUGAAAUGAAGCACAGCCUAUUCAACAGAGGCAGCCCAUUUCAUUGCUCUGCAAUCUCCGACCUUCAUUCUAAUGUUCUCUUCUUUUCAGUUUAUGGAGAAUUCAUAGGUGUGUCAGGCAAAUCUUCUGAGGCUGAUGUUGUCACUCUUGGUGAUGAUGAUGAAUCUCCUAUGUGCAGAGCCAGGAAUUGUUAUUAAGUGUCCAAUUUGCAUGGACUUUUACUCGGAGAUUGGGCAAAGUGCACGAGAGCUUGUGUCAAUCGUGUUCUGCAGCGCGUGCCUCCCUGCUGCCCUGGACACUACCAGCAUGUGCCCAACCUGCAGAGCGGAAUGCAAUCCAGAAAUGUAUUUUCCAGUUUAUUUAGGAGUGCUUCUGUUUCUCAGGAGUCAGAUGGAUCCUGGGGAAUAGGCAAUGUAGAGGCUUGUUUCUUUAUGUAUAUAGUUC